AUGGCCACCAAAUGGUCCUGCAAUGCCAAUGAGGCGACAUGCCUUCGUCUGGCAGGCGCGCCAGCGCCGUGUGAUGGUGUAUUUCACCCGGAAUUUACAUACCCGAUCUUUGGAGAGGCCGAAACGAUCUUUGGAUACCAAGGCCUGCAUAUCCGCCUGACCAUGGCCUCAGGCAGCUUGGCUCCCUGCUUGGAACUGGACUACAAGGCCAAGAAUGCCACGACCACAGCCAAGAUCGACGAUGUGGAAGGUACGCUUCGUGAAUACCUGCCGGACGAUGAAGACCUGGUCCCACCUGCCAGCAUGGAAGCGCGCAUCCAAGCCGACCAAGCGUCGUUCAAGCCGUUGGGCACGCUGGUCACGACGUACAAACGCAGCAUACCCAAGGCACGUGGAUCCCAAGAGAAGGAGCGUGAAUUCGCCAUCUUUCAUGCGACUUGGGAUACGCCAGGGUUCCGUGCUUGGCACAAACGCGCACAAAUCUUCACCUUAUUUUUCAUUGAAGGCGCGUCGUACAUUGAUGACGAAGAGGCAAACUGGGAAUUCUAUACGGUGUUUGAGCGGACACAGACGCAGACCGGGGAAGCGUGGCAUUUUGUAGGCUACACAUCUCUGUAUCGUUUUUGGUGUUGGCCCGAUCGCACACGAUUGCGCCUAAGUCAAUUUGUCAUUCUCCCUCCCUACCAGGGCCAACGCCACGGCUCGGAAUUGUACAAAACGGUGUAUGCCAAGGCGUUGGACGAUGCAUCGAUUUGUGAAAUGACAGUGGAAGAUCCUUCGGAGGCAUUUGAUCACCUGCGUGAUUCCUGCGACUUGCAAUUCCUCGCACAGCAGCCAGACGUUGCUUCACACCUCAUGAUGCCGAUCGAUCGGACAUGGAGCCGCACUGCCCGGGCCAAGUACAAGUUGGCACCAAGACAGUGGGCGCGUGUCUUGGAAAUGCUAGCGCUCUUACGACUCCCGGACGACGCAGCGAGCCAGCAGGCCUACCGACUGCAAGUCAAAGCGCGAAUUUACGGCGUGAAUCGGGAAGUGCUCGAGGCGCUACCUCAGGAGCAGCGUCUAGAGAAACUCCACGAGACAUUCGAGGCUGUCAUGGAUGAGUACGCAGAGAUGACAGGCGCUGAUGUGCCAGAGAGCCUGCUCGUCCUUCCGCCGCCUUCUCGAAAACGUGCGAACAGUGCAUCAGACCAAGGUAUGCAAAAGACGCCGCGGUUGGUAUAG